UCAGUCCUGCAGCACCACAAUGAGGGCAGUUGUGAUCAUCUCUUGUAUGGCGGCUAUGGCGGCGGCCCAGGGACAGUCUCACUUCCCUCAGGUUAGGGAGGCCCAUCACUUACAGGCCCUCAGACAAGCUCACUUGCCCCAAGACGCCAACGUGCUGGAGGCCACCGCGACGUUCCUCGACAAGUUUGCUCAGCUGAAGGCUCUGGCUGAUGCUGCCCCCGACCCAAGACCAAACCAGCACCAGAGGCAACAAUUCUCCGCCCCUCAGCGUGCUCCUCAGCGCGCCCCUCAGCCUGUCCCUGUCCAUCAGAUCCAAGCCGCCCCUCACCGCUUCUCCGCCCCCCAACAAUCCGCACAACCCACAGCUGAGUUUGACGUAACACGAGAGAUCGGUCAACUUCUCGCCCAGCACCAGGUCGCUCACCCCACCCAAGCCCCUGCACCCCGCCGCCAAGCCCAACAACACAGAGCCCCAGUCCAGCACAGAGCUCCAGUCCAGCACAGAGCCCCAGUCCAGCAACAGAGAGCCCCUGCCUUCCCCACAUUCGAUGUCCUCGACAACCUUGGGACUCACCAACAGCCCCAGCAGUUCCGUCAACCAGUCCGUCAACAAGUUCAGCAAGUUGCUCGCCCCGUCGACCCCAACAUUCCCAUCACCAACCAACAUGGACACGUGGUCAAUCCCCUUCAGUACUCCGGACCCCUCGCCCACUCCAUCCCCGCGGGCGUGGAUGGCCAGGUCCAGAACCCGCAGUUUACACCUGAGGUAGCUGACGCACAGCGCGCCCUCGCCCAAGCCCACCGCAGCAUCCUUCAGCAGCAAGCCGCCCUCGGCCCCAGUCACUUCUAAGCCCCCCC